AACCGGGUCAGGUUGGGUCAACUCGAUCCCUUCAACCUGACAAUCUGACACAAAAACUUAUUUUUCUAUUUUUUUAAUCCAACCCAACUCAACAUAAAAAUCUAACCCAACUCAACCCUUAUGGUUUGGGUUGGAUAAGUCGGAUUACUGGUUUUUUUUUUAAUAUCUCUACUUGGUGUGUGAGGCAUGGUAAGACCGAUUAUAUUUAAGAAAAUUUAUUUUACUUACUAAUGCCUUAGAAUUUUUUUGGUAUGACUAUAACUUGACAGAAGAGUGUGGUAAAGAGUGUGGUAAAGAGUACACACAAAUAAAAUUAACUGUGUAGAAUGAUCCUAGGAAAUAGUUGGUUUAUAUUUUGGUAUGAAACUUGUGUGGAAAAUGUUUACGUGGUGAAAGAGGCAAUUCAUUUACGAAAAUAAUUUGUUAAGAGAUGUCACUGACUUGGCGGAUUAUUUUACUAUUUCGUUUUGAAUCUCUUUUCUCCAUUUAGGCAAGUGGAAGAAAAGUAAAGUUCUGUUCUUUCAUCACUCUGCCUCUUCAUUUAGUAUUCUUUUAACUGUUUGCUUCUAUAGCUUGUUAUUCAAAAUUUUGGAACUUGUAGUGUUUUUCUCAACCUGGGUAUUCAAUGUUCUCUGGAUUAAUGUUCUUCCGGUUGGUGCUAAAUCGUUUCUACUGUUCUAAUUUUAUAAUUUCACGUAAUUCUCUUAUUACCCGGUAUUCUCGAUUGGGUCAAAUCGAAAAGGCUCGGGUUGUGUUCGAUGAAAUGCGUGACAAAAACAUCAUUUCAUGGAACUCAAUUGUUGCUGGGUACUUUCAGAACAAACGGCCUCAGGAAGCCCAGAACAUGUUUGAUAAAAUGUCUGAGAGGAAUACUAUAUCUUGGAAUGGUUUAGUUUCUGGGUAUAUUAACAAUGGGAUGAUCAAUGAAGCUAGGGAAGUGUUUGAUAGAAUGCCUGAGAGGAAUGUUGUUUCCUGGACUGCAAUGGUCAGAGGGUACGUGAAGGAAGGUAUGAUUUCUGAGGCAGAGACACUUUUUUGGCAAAUGCCUGAAAAGAAUGUAGUAUCUUGGACGGUGAUGUUGGGUGGCCUUCUUCAAGAAGGACGGAUUGAUGAGGCUUGUAGGCUUUUCGAUAUGAUGCCUGAGAAGGAUGUGGUGACACGAACUAAUAUGAUUGGAGGGUAUUGCCAAGUAGGCCGUUUAGUGGAAGCUCGUAUGCUUUUCGAUGAGAUGCCUCGUCGGAAUGUCGUGUCAUGGACUACGAUGAUAACAGGAUAUGUGCAGAACCAACAAGUGGAUAUUGCUAGAAAGCUGUUUGAAGUCAUGCCAGAGAAAAAUGAGGUUUCAUGGACUGCUAUGCUGAAAGGCUACACCAAUUGUGGGCGGCUUGAUGAGGCUUCAGAACUUUUUAAUGCAAUGCCAAUUAAGUCGGUUGUUGCUUGUAAUGCAAUGAUUCUUUGUUUUGGCCAGAAUGGGGAGGUCCCAAAAGCAAGACAAGUGUUUGAUCAAAUGAGAGAAAAGGAUGAAGGAACAUGGAGUGCUAUGAUUAAAGUGUAUGAACGGAAAGGCCUUGAGUUAGAUGCACUUGAGUUGUUUCGUAUGAUGCAAAGAGAAGGAAUAAGGCCAAAUUUUCCUUCUUUGAUCAGCGUUCUUUCCGUUUGUGCUGGCUUGGCUAAUCUUGAUCAUGGUAGAGAGAUACAUGCCCAGCUUGUGAGAUCCCAAUUUGACCUUGAUGUCUAUGUUGCCUCCGUUCUUCUCUCAAUGUACAUAAAGUGUGGCAAUCUGGCGAAAGCAAAACAAGUAUUUGAUAGGUUUGCAGUUAAGGAUGUUGUCAUGUGGAACUCGAUUAUCACAGGAUAUGCCCAACAUGGUCUAGGGGUGGAAGCAUUACGAGUUUUCCACGAUAUGCAUUUUUCAGGUAUCAUGCCAGAUGAUGUCACAUUUGUUGGAGUUCUUUCGGCAUGUAGUUACACUGGCAAUGUGAAAAAAGGCUUAGAAAUUUUCAAUUCCAUGGAAACGAAGUAUCAAGUGGAACAAAAAAUUGAACAUUAUGCCUGCAUGGUUGAUUUGCUUGGUCGAGCUGGUAAACUAAAUGAGGCAAUGGAUCUAAUAGAAAAAAUGCCAAUGGAAGCCGAUGCUAUUAUUUGGGGUGCUUUAUUAGGUGCUUGCAGAACCCACAUGAAAUUGGAUUUGGCUGAAGUUGCAGCCAAAAAGCUUCUAGUGCUUGAGCCUAAAAAUGCAGGGCCUUUCAUUUUGUUGUCAAAUAUCUAUGCAUCUCAAGGUAGAUGGGAUGAUGUUGCUGAGUUGAGGAGAAAUAUGAGAGAUAGGCGUGUGAGCAAGUACCCAGGCUGUAGCUGGAUUGUUGUCGAGAAGAAAGUUCAUAAGUUCACGGGAGGUGAUAGCUCGGGACACCCUGAGCAUUCUGAGAUCAAUAGAAUAUUAGAGUGGUUGUCUGGAUUGCUAAGAGAGGCAGGAUAUUACCCAGAUCAAAGUUUUGUGCUACAUGACGUAGAUGAAGAAGAGAAAGUGCAAAGCUUGGAGUACCAUAGUGAGAAACUGGCUGUGGCAUACGGACUUCUCAAAAUACCAAUAGGUAUGCCGAUUCGUGUAAUGAAGAAUCUCCGUGUCUGUGGGGAUUGCCACGCUGCAAUUAAACUAAUUGCGAAGGUUACAGGAAGAGAGAUCAUCUUGAGAGAUGCUAAUCGGUUCCAUCAUUUUAAGGAUGGCUCAUGCUCUUGUCGGGAUUAUUGGUGAUCUCCAAUAUGUUUCAUUCUAUUGAGCUAGAAUUAAUGCAUAUCGACAUUUGCCCACUUGUGGCAAAUGAGUGAUAGCUAAUCGCAUUCACCCCUAUGGCCCUAUAUAUGUAGUUGAUUUUGCAACUGCAAUCUAUCACGCUGGAGCAAAAAGGGAAAUCUACAAACAUUUUGGAACUACUAGUUGUCUGAUCCAUCAGCCAAGUCAGGAAGAGGGAUCAAGGUUGCUUACAUUUUUUGGAGAAUCCCUUGUUUGCAAUGGGACCAUGAGAGGUUUAUAAGGUCAACUUGUAUGGCCACAAGAGAUACUGUAGUAUUAUCCAAAAGACCAUGGGGUGACUUCAUAACAAGCAUGAAAAGGGACUAGUUUGUUACAAAAUUGACCUGAAAAAGGUGAUUGCUAAGAUAAACAAAACUAGAUAAAGAAGGGUGCAUGAGCCUUGCUGAAGAUGUCAUAUUGAAAACAAUCGAAGGGCCUUAUAAUACUUGUAUAACAUAAAUGAAUUACUCUUUUCAUUGUCAAUUUGUUUUGAGUUAAAAAUUCAUGUUAUCUAAUGUGAUAUCAAGGACCAUACUCCAUAUACAAACAUUCAGUAUAAAAGAAAUUAGGAUUCGAUCCAUGAUUGAUGAGCA